GUUGGCAUUCACGGCAGAGGCAUCUGUGUGCUUCUCUUACGCCGUUGUCGACUGCCGGGUGCGACAUUGUCGUAUCGAGCUCGGAUGAGGAGUCUGCGCCGGAGGACAACUCCGAGUCUAGCCUCGGUUUAGCACUGUCUCCUUCCUCGGGCUUGUCGCAGCGCUCGGACUGGGACGAGGCAUCCUUGGACGAUGUGGCAGUGGAGCAGCCAAUGUCGUCUUCUACCAGAGAUGCCUCAAUGCCGCCAUAUGUGCAGGCGCAGUUGGCUGAAGAGGUGGAGUACCUGCGUGAAGCUUGGUCGGGUUUCUGCUCUGCUCAGACAACGCAGAUGCCGCCGGAGAUCCGACGGCAGAUGGAUGAAGAGCGGCUUUACUUGCAGGAGGCUUGGUCCGAACACUGCGCCGGGCAGCAGUCCCUCAUGCCAGCAGACAUACGGGAGCAGCUGGAGGAUGAGUUGGCUUGCCUGCGUGACGGCUGGUCCACUAGUGUGACUUCCUUGCACAUGUCUGGCGGCGGCUACGACUUCAAGGCGCUGCGGCCGGCGGCGGAAGCCAGCGCGCAGCCUCGCCGCACCAAGUGGGGGCGCUGUGACAGAUGUGGUACGCCUCUUCGACCAGUGUCGCACAGCUCAGGGCCGACGAUGGGUCGGGCGCUACUUCGCUGCUGCAAGUGGUGGACCGUUGACUCUGGUCGUCGUCAAUGCUGGUUUGCCAAGGCUUACUCUGGGGAUGUUACUGCGCUACCGAAGACAGUGCGGCAGUCCAUGGCCAGCUCUAGAAAGGAUGUCAGGUUUCACCUAUACAGCAACGGACGUUGA